GGCAAUGGCGGGUAACGGCCGCCCAACCGCCGCGCCCUGAGGAGAGCUGCGGACACCCCACCUCGCCGAGAACAGGCGCGCUGCCAGCAGCCGCGCGGGCUCCGCGGUCCCGCCACCGCGGCGGGCAGGACGCACUAACGCCGCCCCAGACGGGAGAAGCCCCGAAGGGAAAAGCGACCGCCGCCCUUCUCCUCCUCCCCUCAGAGCGCAGCGGCCUGGGCGUGUUCCUCCCGGCGCACCCCGACCGGGCAGGGUGCCGCCCUCCGGCCAGGCGGGAGCAGCUGCAGCGAUCAGGGAGCGGGCGGCGUGUGUGGGUCAGGCAGUCAUGCAGCGCUGGAGGCUUCUACCCGUGGUGGUGGUGGUGCUCACCGUCUUGGUCACUGCCCAAGAUGAUUUCGAUUUGGAACACGCUCUUCAGCCUGAUGAUCCCAAGCCAACUCAGCCUGCAAAUCCUAAAGACACUGAUAACUCCGAGCGAGGUCCACCUAUACUUCCUAAAGACUCUGACUUUAAAGAUUCAGAUCUAUAUGAUGGCAGUUUACCAAAAGGAGGAGGCGGUGAUAGUGGCGGCAAUGAACGAAAGGGCCCAAGUCCAAAUAAUGGUGAAGAAGCUGAGGCUUCUCAGGGAGCAAUAGCUGGAAUUGUAAGUGCUGUGGUUGCUACUGUAAUUGGAGCAGUAUCUAGUUUCAUUGCUUACCAGAAGAAGAAACUCUGUUUCAAACAAAGCGCAGAUGAAGAGAAUGUGAAUAUGGAAAGCCAUCGGGGAGCACAAUCUGAGCCACCUGUUCAGCGCACACUUCUGGAGAACUGAAUUAAAGAAAACAUGAUGAAGAAACAGAUCAUUGAAACUGGAUAGAGAGCCUGCAUUCUGCCUGGGGAAAAAAAAAAGAAACAAAAAAAA